AUGUUUGAUGAAAGCGGAUUUCCAAUGUACAAACGGCGUAGACAGAACAUAACAAUCCAUGUUAGGAAUGCUGAUUUGGAUAAUCAGUGGGUAGUUCCCUAUAAUCGGGACUUAUUGGUCAAAUACCAAUGUCACAUGAACAUCGAGAUAUGUUGUCAUGCUCGCAGUCUCAAGUAUUUGUUCAAAUACUGUUUAAAAGGUCAUGAUACUGCCACACAUGUAACUGGGAGGAAGAAGAGGACAGCCAACUGUAACGGUGAUGAGCCUAUCGAUGAAAUUGAUGCCUACUUUGAUGGUAGGUACAUAUGUGGAGCAGAAUCGGCUUAUAGGAUUUUUGGUUUUCCUAUACACCACCGUACAAUAUCUGUUGAAAGGUUACCAUUCCAUCUACCAGGACAAAAGAACUGCACAUUUCACUCAAAUCAGCCUUUGGAUAAGGUAGCUGAAAGGGAAAAGGACAGACUUAGUAAACUUGAAGCGUUCUUCCUUUUAUGUAAUACUGAUGCUACAGCUCAGCAAUAUACCUAUCAGGAGAUCCCAAAGCAUUAUGUAUGGAAUGAUGUUGAAAGAAAAUGGAAUCGAAGAAAAAGAGGAUAUCAGAAAGGACGACUAUCUUACACUCAUCACAGCAGCGGCGAAGUAUGGUUUUUGAGAUUAUUGCUAACCAAGGUGCGCGGCCCAACGUCCUUUGAGAAACUCAGAACUGUGAAUGGAAUAUGCUAUGAGUCCUUUCGUGAUGCUUGCAAAGAGUAUGGUUUACUGGAUGACGACAAGGAAUGGCAUGAAGUUCUUGAUCAAUGUUCCUCUGGUGGCUUGCCUCCUCAGAUUCGUCAACUUUUGUUCACAUAA